AUGUUUGGGAAGAAGUAUUUCGGAUUCAGGGGAAGGUCCCUCAACCUGGCCAUCAGUUCGCUGGGUAGUCUUGAUUUCCUGCUUUUCGGUUAUGAUCAGGGCGUGACAGGUGGUCUUUUGGAUCUGCCAUCCUUUAUCAAGUAUUUCCCAGAGAUUAACGAGAAUCUAUGCGAGGGUGACCAAGCUUGCAAGAGCCAGCGCAGUACCAACCAGGGAAUUGCUGUCGCGUCGUACAACCUGGGAUGUUUCAUCGGAGCUAUCUUGACCAUCUUCGUCGGCAACCCCCUUGGCCGUCGUCGCACUAUUUUCUGUGGCUGCACCACCAUGACUAUUGGCGCUAUCUUGCAAUGCACGUCCUACAGCCUGCCUCAAUGGAUUGUGGGACGCAUUGUGACUGGAAUUGGCAACGGCAUGAACACAAGUACUGUGCCCACAUGGCAGUCGGAAUCAGCAAAGUCCCACGAUCGUGGAAAGCUGGUCAUGAUUGAGGGUAUGCUGAUUACUGCGGGGAUUACUCUGAGCUACUGGAUCAACUAUGCCUUCGCCUUCCUGCCCGACCACGAGGUAUCAUGGCGCUUCCCAAUUGCGUUCCAGAUCUGCUUCGCUAUCACCAUUUUUACGUCUAUCAUGAACCUCCCUGAGUCGCCGCGAUGGCUUGUCAUGCAAGGCCGUGACGAAGAAGCCGUGGAGAUUCUCGAGCUGCUCAACGAAUUGCCCCGCGAAGACCCCUACAUCCAGAACGAACUGCUGUCGAUCAAGGAAACCGUUGUCGAGAUGUCCAAGGGAUCCUACCGCAGUCUGUUCGAUAUGUCCGAGUACCGUGAAUUCCACCGUGUUGCGCUCGCCUAUGUCAACCAGAUGUUCCAGCAGAUUUCCGGAAUCAACCUGAUCACUUACUACGCACCUGGUAUAUACUCGGACAUUGGUCUCGGUGGAGGUAACACAGCGAAGCUGAUGGCUGCUUGCAACGGGACUGAAUACCUCAUGGCCGCGUUCAUCCCCAUCUUCAUCAUCGAAAAGGUCGGACGUCGUCCACUCAUGCUCUUCGGUGCGGCCGGAAUGUCAAUCUCUAUGGCCGUGCUCGCAGGCUGUGACUACCGGCGCGAUUUUCUCGGCGAUACUCAAGCUGGUAUCGGACAGGCCGUGUUCCUCUUCGUCUUCAACACCUUCUUCGCCAUCGGCUGGCUCGGUAUGACCUGGCUGUACCCUGCGGAAAUCGUGCCUCUCCGUAUCCGUGCGCCGACCAACGCGCUGUCGACCUCUGCGAACUGGAUCUUCAACUUCAUGGUCGUCAUGAUCACGCCCGUCGCUUUUGCCAAUAUCAAAUACCAGACCUACGUGAUCUUCGCUGUCAUCAACGCCUUCAUGUUCCCCGUUGUGUACUUCUUCUUCCCCGAGACCCGGUACCGAUCACUGGAGGAAAUGGAUGCCAUCUUCAAGAAAUCCACCAACGUCUUCAACGCCGUUAGCAUCUCUAUCAAGGAGCCGUACCGCUACGACAAGCACGGACAGCUUAAGCCCGAGUUCGUCGAGGAGGCGAUCCGCCGCGACAGCGUCACCGGCCACAUCCAGCCCAAGUACGAGAGCGGAGACAGCACCAACGAGUCGAACGAGGUUAAGGGGGACGAAAAGCGGGUUGAGCACAAUGAGUAG